AUGAUCCUCUGGGGUAUUGCGCAGGAAUUCAUCAUGACCAAUGUUUAUCGUGCCAGAGACGGCCGUGUCUUGCAGCUGCCAUCGCCGCUGUUCUUGGUACUCUGCAAUCGUAUGGUCACCAUGAUCUACUCAGCCCUUCUCUUGUGGCUUCGUGGGCAGAACCUCUGGUUCUCUGGAAGCCUCGAUGCCUUACCCCCUGCUGUCAGCAAUACCUGUGCAUCCUGGGCUCAGUACUCCAGUCUGGGCUACAUCUCCUUCGGACUGCAGACCACCGCGAAGAGCGUGAAGAUCCUGCCCGCAGUGAUUAUCAGCUCCCUUCGGGGGAAGAAGCAUUCCCUGACAGACUACGCGGAGUGCAUGGUCCUGGCAUGCGCUUGCUUCGUCUUUGGGGAGCAAAGUGAAGCAGGGACCGACUCCAUGACGACCGUUGCAGGUGUCGUGCUGUUGGCGGCUUACCUCUUGUGCGACUCUCUGACACCUCAUUUUCAAGAUAUGCUCUUCCAGAAGCAUGAGGAUAUAGAUGUGGUACAAGCAACUCUGGCCAUGUCCAGUAUCGCAGUGGUUAUGAUGCUUGUGGAGAUGACUGUCACCUUCAAGCUGUUUCAAAGCUUCACCUUUCUUUACCAAUGCCCGGAGGCCUUGUUGCACAUGACGGUGCUGUCCCUGGCCUCCACUUUGACGCAGUACAUGAUCUCGUAUACCAUCAAGCAUUUUGGGCCAGUGGUCUUUACCAUCAUCUCGUCGACCCGACAAGUGAUCUCCGUCUUGAUUUCAGCUGUCCUUUUCAGCCAUCAUAUGUCAGGUUUGGCCAUGACGGCGAUGUGCAUCAUGUUCGGGACCUUGAUGGUUCGUGCUUUGAGGCCCCUGGCCAAGGAUCACAAGGAGCUGGAGAAUGUUGAGCCUGAAGACUACCAGCGGGUUCCACUGUUGAACUUCUCGGAGAAGCUGUCAACGUUCUCACCUCUCUUCGUUUGCACGACGGCCAUCCACAUUGUCUACCUGGUGUACACACUCCUGCAGGAAUUUCUGUCCACCCAUACCUUCGGGGGUGAGCUCUUCAGCUUCCCAUUGGUCUUAGUGGCAAUCUCCCACAGCGCAGGGGCAUUGCUGUCCCUGGGGGCUUUACGCAUAGGUGGACAUGAUAUCCUGGUGACAGGUCUCUGGCAGACGAUACUUCCUGGCUCGUCUGACCUGGUGGCUACAUCGCUACAACAUGCAGCCCUAUACAAGAUGUAUUUCCCAGCUCAAUCACUGAUGAAGACGCUGAAGGUGCUUCCAGUGAUGUUGAUUGGGACAUGCCUGCAAAACCGAACCUACAGUCGUUUGGACUACGUGGAAGGCCUUUUGCUCUCCUGCCUUCUGGCUGCAAAGAGCCGCAUGAUGUUCCUCUCCGACUUCUCUGCGCCCGUCUCUCGCGCCUCCACGGCUUGCAGCAGUUCCAGCGGCCGGCGCGCCGGGUCCCACCGGGGACUCGAGAACGACUUGGGCGAUAACCAUUGCUUUCUGAACGUGGUGAUCCAGGCCUUCUGGAAUCUGCCGUCCUUUCGAAAGUUGUUGUUACAUGCCCCGUGGCAUGAGCACAGUGCCGAAGGUGAAGAGUCAGAUGGAAGUUGCUGCUACUGUGCCCUCAAGUCACUCUUCGACGAAUUCGCCUGUUCCGAAGCUGACACCAUCCCUCCGGAUUCGUUGCGGCAAGCCUUGUCCAGUGUCUAUGACGCCAAAGGUCGGUUCAAGACUGGAGACAUGGAAGAUGCCACUGAAACCAUCGAGGCCAUUUUAGGCAUCCUGCAUGCAUGCAAUGUGCAACCAGUGGGCCUAUGUCAAAGCCCAUGUGAUCAGCAUCCAUCUGCAGAGUUUGUUGAAGAAGCCAGCAACUUCGGAUGUCAUCCUCUCUGCUUGGCCCAUGCUGUCUUCGGCCUCCAAACGGUGGACCUGUGCCGCUGCAGCUUCUGUGGUGCAACUGGGGAGCCGGAUGUGGCGGCGUCCUAUGUCUAUAGCGUCUACGUGUCGGAGCUGGCGAGCCUCGAAGAGGCACCAAAGUCCAGCUGGCCCGAUCUGCUGCGCACGCCACGAAGGCCCUUUGCGGAGAUCUUGAGGAAGCUCUGUCAGCCAGACGAAGGUCGAAACUGCGGAGAGUGCAACUCUCGAAAGACUCUUCUGCGGGAGCGUUGGCUGACACGAUGUCCUAAAACCUUCAUCUUGUCGCUGGUGUGGCCCAGCUCCAACCCCAGCCGUGACCAACUCUGGUCGCUCCUUUCCAUGAUCCAACCAGAACUUCGGAUGGACGAGAUUUUCAGGGUGGAACCGGGCGCCCAGUCGGACCUGUACAGCUUCCAUGGCAUGAUUUGCUACUGUGGCAUGCACUAUGUGGCACUAUUCUGGUGUCCAGCCAGAAAGAAGUGGAUCUUCUUCGAUGACAUGUGUGUGAAAGAAAAGGAGGACUGGACUGCGGUCGUGAAUCUAAUGACUGCGGGGCAGUAUGUUCCUACCCUCAUCUUCUAUGAGAACAUGUCAGAGGAGCCGGCACUCUCUGAGUCAAUCGAAGAACUCACACGACAAGUGGAUGCCCUCGAAUACCAGUCAUGCGCACUGAUGUAGAUUUGACAGAAAAGUGCGGCG